AUGAUUCUUGACAGCGAAGAUAAUUUUGAGAAGACGGAUGAUAGAAGCUUCGUUUCAGCUAUGAAAUCGAAUGCCGAGCUUGUGCGGCUAUAUGACAUGCAUUUCGCAAACUUAUCGCCCUUACCUGCCUCCACGCGCUAUCACACUAUACCCUUUAUACGGAAUCCCGAAUUCUUUGGCCGAGAAGACAUCUUAGAUAGGAUUGAACAAUCUUUCCGCAAACAGCCAAUCCGUCCUACUUCAAUAGCUCUCUGGGGAGCUGCUGGUAUUGGCAAAACACAGAUUGCAUUAGAGUACGCGAAUAGGCUCUGGUCGGAAGGAUUCAAUGUCAUUAUCUGGAUCUCAAGCGAAACAAACGCCGAAAGGGCAAAAUCCUAUAGCGAUGUGGCCAGACACCUUCAAUUCAAGGAGUUUUCCGAGACCAAUACCCCAGAGAAAAACCAACACUUGGUCUUGCAGUGGCUCCAACGAACAGAUGUGCCGUGGCUUCUUGUAUUUGACAACGUGGAAAGCCAGGUCGACUUACAGAGCUACUGGCCAACUUUUGGCCAAGGUAGGAUCCUUAUAACUUGUCGCAGUGAAAUUCUUGCAGGUACAGGAGUCAUCGCACGACCUCUUGAAGUCCCGCCUUUCACAGUGUCAGAGAGUACAGAAAUGAUCCUCCGAAUCACCGAACAAUUUGAAGCAACAGAGGCAGAAGUCCAGGCAGCAAGGGAGGUUUCCUGUGAGCUUGGCCUGGCAUUAGCCAUUGACAUUACGGCAAAACAAAUUAAAAACUCUCGCCGUUUCAGAUCUGUCCAGGAUUUUAUUCCGUAUUUGCGGCGCGAGCCGAAAACAGGAUACACACGAUCGAAGCAGUCUAAAGGACGGGAUGGCUACUGGUACCCACACGAUCUUGACAACAUUUGGCGUAUAGCUUUUCAUAAUCUGAGUGAAGAUGCGACGAUACUAAUGAGUUUGAUUUGCAUCUUGAGCCCUGAAUCUAUUCCACAAUAUGUCUUCCAACCAAGAGGAACGAGCAUGACAACUGGGCUAGACAUGUUAGAAGAUGUUGACAGGGUUGAAGAUGCUAAGAGUGAACUACUUGACGCGUCACUUGUCAGAAUCAACCCCGAGACCGGCUUGAUGUCCGUCCACCGUCUCUUACAGCAUGCAUACUUUCUGGACAUGUCGACAGCAGCUCGCAAAAUAUCCAUUCAUAAUAUUUUAGUAUUAUUGCGAGCUUACUUCCCCAAGAACGACGGAGCAAAUCAUUUUUAUUCCCAAUGGAAUCGCUGCGCUGCACUUCAUCAUCACAUCCAGGCUCUAAGAGACAAGGUGGCUGCCUUGAAGCUCACAGAGCCACUGGAAAAUGAUGACCAGAAACUAUAUACUGAGCUCAUAAUUAAUGACAUUUGGUAUAUGAUUGAGAUUCAGCAUUUUUUGGAUGCCGAGCGCUCCCUCUUGUCUCUUUUAGAGACCGCAGAGAAUGGUUCCGCAUUGGCUGCCAAAGUCCACCGAAGUUUAUUAGGGCUUUAUGAGAGAACUGGUCGCAGCAUUCUUGCUAAGCGUUCUGCGUCCUUGGAAUUCGACAUCGUUGUUAAAUAUUCCUCGAGUACGAGCAACGAUGUUGCUAAUGCCUGGAGCAAUAUGGGUUACACAAGAGUCUCUGUCUUCGAGGCUUCAGAUGCAAUAACCUAUCUUGACGAGGCGGUUUUGAUGGCUAAGACUGUACCUGAGCUGAGCUGCUACCAACAGUUUAACAUUGACCGCUUCUUGCGAAAUAGAGGACGCGCAAACGCGCAAUUGGGCCGUUUUGAAGACGCCUUGCGUGACUUUGAUGACGCGGAGGGCUACCAGAAGAAGAUCCAUGGGCCCAACAGUCACUAUGAUGGAGAAACUCAAUAUGAGCGUGCCAAGAUUGAAGCAUGGCGUGGUAAUCUUGAAACAGCAUACUCGCUCGCCACAAAAGCUCACGAUCUGGUAUCCGCAGGCAAACCUACGCACGCAAGUGUGAUGGCUGCACAGUACCGGCUGGGAUGGAUCGCUAUGCUCCAAGGAGAAAAUGAACUUGCGUUGCAACACUUUGAAAAAUCACUAGUUAUUUCAAGGAUGAAUGAGCAGCAUAGAGGAAACUCGGGCGAGUCGGCGAGAAUCCAAUGGCGUUUGUCACAAGUUUUGGAGCGCAUGGGCAGAGAAGAAGAUGCACUGAGUCUUCGAGAGGCCUCUGUAAAGGUCAAAGCAAGUCUGCUUGCUACUGGGGACUACGCUCAAGUUGAAGACGAGGAGAGUUCUUGGGAUGCUCUAGUCGGCUUGCUAUAUCGUUGA